UUUUGAUUUUUUAUUGACUUCCUCAGCAACCUUUCCCUUGGUAUAUGUGUUCAUAUAUGAUCACAUACCUCAGCCUUAGUACAAACACAUGCCCUGACUCAGGGGAGAAAAAUCUCUGUAUUGGAAAACCUUUUGGCCAGACUGGGAGGAAUGGUCCACGGGGGCCAGAAAUAUACACUACAUAGUUUGAAUUAGGCCAAAUAAUGCUUGUAAUACUAUUUUGUGAAUUGGUACAUAGUUGAUAUGGAGUGUAUUUGGGAUGCCUCCUCUUUGGGGAAGUAGUAAGAUACUAUACAGGUGGUAUGGUACGUAGUUUUUACUCACAGUGAACUGCUGUUAUGUUGUGUGUUGAUAAUUAGGUGUUUGUGUGGCAUCACCAUUUUGUGUUUCUAAUGGUGACUUGACCAGAAAGAAAUCUUUUCCAUCUGCUUUGUUAUUUCUUGUUUUCAGUAUUUGUUGUCCAACUUCUUAUUUUGUAUUGUCUUUGUUGCUUUGGUUCUUAAGGUUGGUUACAUUUCACAGUCACCUCAUGACCACAUAUUUGAGGUGCAGUUUAAACACUGGACACACUUGCCCCAUGGAGUCAUGGUGAACACAUUUGAUCUCCAGAGUAAUUUGUACACCUGACUCUAGAAUCCUGGUUCAGUGCCUUGCGUUAACAAUGUUUCUGGAGGAAACUCUCUAUUACUUAUCCAGGGAUCAUGUAGAAGACAGUCUUAGUUUAGGCAACUAAAUUAGGCAUGUGCGUUCUCUUCUUUGGCUGACAAAAUAGUGGUGGUGGUGGUUUAGCAAAAUUAUUUUUCUUCCACCUUACUCCUUUGUACGCUGGUUUGAACUGGCCUUAAAACUUACUGUUUUAACUAACUGACCUGUUACUCGAACUGUUGGCAUUAGAAAAUCGCAUUGCUUUAAUUUAAAUAACCUAAAUUCAUUUAAGCUAAAUGGAUGCACACCCUUAUUUCGAUACUGCUUUGGAGGUGCCUCUUUUUUGAUUUAGCUUAUUUGUAGUCUUGGUGCAAGUUCUUGGAUUUUAGCUGUAUCAUUGUGAAAACAAUACUGAGUCCUUAGAGAAAGUUCUCAGAUAUUCAGCUUAAAAAUUGUUAUCUUACAACUUGCAUGCUAAGAUCUCAAGAGUACUGCUUUUCAUCUGUUGUGUUUCUUAGGUGGUGCCUAGUUUUGUGUAGUUACAAUUAUUUCAGUAGAGCCUAACUUAGUGAUGAAUCAUAUCCCAGAUGCCAGUGGUUGCAUGAAUUGGGAAUACCUGGAAUCUUCUGUCUUGCCACGGAAGUUUGAUUUGUAUUUUUUUUUAACUGAUCAAAAGCUCCACAAAAUUCUAGUGAAUGAAACAGCCUUUAAAGAUAUUCCACUUGCACGUACACCACUCUCAACAUCAAAUAUUUGUGUUAUGAACAUGAAGUGAGGGAUUUCCUAGUAAGAGGUCAGUGUGUUACCAACUCUGCUGUUGUGCUUCCCAUGCUGUCCAACAGGAUCUGUCGCUGUGCAUCAGAAGGAAAACAGGGUAGAUGUCCCACUUGGAUGGGCUAUCAGGAGGAUGUGCACAGGCAGUCAUAGCAGCCUGCAGGUUUAUACAGUCUUCCUGCUGCACAGACCUGGAAGAAAGAAGAGUAUAGAAAGCUUGGCCUUGGAAGUUCUGCAGGUGCUUUAGGAAUGCAUGAUCUCAUUUUAAACAGAAUACUUCGGUGCUAGCAUGUUUUUUAGGUUAUCUUCCUGGAAAACAUAUUUUUUUGUGCAUAAAGAAUAUCUUGCUGAGUUGCUGCAACUGAGUUUAGAAUGUUACUUGACUUGUGAUUCUGAUGGAGGAAUAACAAGAGCUCAGGCUGCUGCACUGGAAGACUUUACAGGAAAUACAAAAUGUCAUCGAAUAGGAGUCAGAACCCGCAUGGACUUAAACAGAUUGGUCUCGAUCAGAUAUGGGAUGACCUAAGAGCUGGAAUUCAACAGGUUUACACCAGACAAAGUAUGGCAAAAUCCAGAUACAUGGAACUCUACACUCAUGUUUAUAACUACUGUACCAGUGUACACCAGUCUAAUCAAGCACGGGGAGCUGGAGUACCUCCUUCUAAAUCAAAAAAGGGCCAGACACCUGGAGGUGCUCAGUUUGUUGGCUUGGAAUUGUACAAACGGCUAAAAGAAUUUCUGAAGAACUACUUGACAAAUCUCCUUAAGGAUGGUGAAGAUUUGAUGGAUGAGAGUGUGCUGAAAUUCUACACUCAACAGUGGGAAGAUUAUAGGUUUUCAAGCAAAGUAUUGAAUGGGAUAUGUGCCUACCUCAAUCGACAUUGGGUUCGUCGUGAGUGCGAUGAAGGUCGUAAGGGAAUAUAUGAAAUUUAUUCACUUGCCUUGGUGACCUGGAGAGACUGCUUAUUCAGGCCAUUAAAUAAGCAGGUAACAAAUGCAGUGUUGAAAUUGAUUGAAAAGGAAAGAAAUGGUGAAACUAUCAAUACAAGGCUGAUCAGUGGAGUUGUACAAUCCUAUGUGGAGCUGGGGCUGAAUGAAGAUGAUGCAUUUGCAAAAGGACCGACACUAACUGUCUAUAAAGAAUCCUUUGAAUCUCAGUUUCUUGCUGACACGGAGAGAUUUUAUACACGAGAAAGUACUGAAUUCUUGCAACAGAACCCAGUUACAGAGUACAUGAAGAAGGCCGAAGCUCGCCUUCUUGAGGAGCAGCGUAGAGUUCAGGUGUAUCUCCAUGAGAGCACACAAGAUGAGUUAGCACGAAAGUGUGAGCAAGUACUUAUUGAAAAACACCUGGAGAUAUUUCAUACAGAGUUUCAGAAUUUGUUGGAUGCUGACAAAAAUGAAGACUUGGGUCGCAUGUAUAACCUUGUAUCUCGAAUCCAGGAUGGCCUUGGAGAGCUGAAAAAACUUUUGGAAACCCACAUUCAUAAUCAGGGUCUAGCUGCAAUUGAGAAAUGUGGAGAAGCUGCACUAAAUGAUCCAAAAAUGUAUGUUCAGACAGUGUUGGAUGUCCAUAAGAAAUACAACGCUUUAGUCAUGUCUGCAUUCAACAAUGAUGCUGGCUUCGUGGCAGCACUAGACAAAGCUUGUGGUCGAUUUAUAAAUAAUAAUGCAGUGACAAAAAUGGCUCAAUCAUCCAGUAAAUCCCCAGAGCUACUGGCACGAUACUGUGACUCUUUACUAAAGAAAAGCUCAAAGAAUCCAGAAGAAGCAGAAUUGGAAGAUACACUCAAUCAAGUGAUGGUUGUUUUCAAGUACAUUGAGGAUAAAGAUGUGUUUCAAAAAUUCUAUGCUAAAAUGCUGGCAAAGAGACUUGUGCAUCAAAACAGUGCUAGUGAUGAUGCUGAGGCAAGCAUGAUCUCCAAAUUAAAACAAGCUUGUGGUUUUGAGUAUACCUCCAAGCUGCAGCGGAUGUUCCAAGAUAUUGGUGUAAGCAAGGAUUUGAAUGAGCAAUUUAAAAAGCACCUGACCAAUUCAGAACCAUUAGAUUUGGAUUUCAGCAUCCAAGUGCUGAGUUCUGGAUCGUGGCCGUUCCAGCAGUCCUGCACAUUUGCUCUGCCAUCUGAGUUAGAACGGAGCUAUCAGAGAUUUACUGCAUUUUAUGCCAGUCGUCACAGUGGAAGAAAAUUAACAUGGUUGUAUCAGCUGUCCAAAGGGGAAUUGGUUACCAACUGUUUCAAAAACAGAUACACGUUACAGGCAUCCACAUUCCAGAUGGCGAUUUUACUGCAGUACAACACAGAAGACGCCUACACCAUGCAGCAGCUGACAGACAGUACUCAAAUAAAAAUGGAUAUCUUGACACAAGUUCUGCAGAUACUGUUGAAAUCAAAACUGCUUGUUUUGGAAGAUGAAAAUGCAAACGUUGAUGAAGUGGAGUUAAAACCAGAUACUUUAAUAAAACUGUAUCUUGGUUACAAAAACAAAAAAUUAAGGGUAAACAUCAAUGUGCCAAUGAAGACUGAACAGAAGCAGGAGCAAGAAACUACACACAAAAAUAUAGAGGAAGAUAGAAAACUACUGAUUCAGGCUGCUAUUGUGAGAAUCAUGAAAAUGAGGAAGGUUCUAAAACACCAGCAACUGCUUGGAGAAGUGCUAACACAGCUGUCCUCAAGAUUCAAGCCACGAGUUCCUGUAAUUAAGGUAUGUGAGACCUACAUCUCUGAACCUGGAUUCCAGGAGGUGAGGAGGAUAUAUACACAGACAAAACACAUGCUUCUGAAUUAAAAAGGAAAGCUAAGGAGAUGUGAUAGGCAAGGAUAGAUUUUUUUGAGUUGUGGGUAGGAAAUAUUUUAACCAGAAAUACUGCAUUUCUCUUACAGUAACAUCCACGUUUCACAUUGUUGGCAGUAGUGUAAAAUGGUAGCUGGAUUGCAUCUUUUCACAUCAGUGUCAACUUACCAGAGCCCUUGGUCCAGGCUUACCUUUUGUUCCUGCUCUCCCAGUUGUGGGAUGACAAUCAUCCUUGGGGUUGGCUUGAUAAAAGUUUCCUGCUUUCCUUUACAGUAAAAAUGUUGCAAUGGGGGGCAUUGUAUUUAAGUAUUUACUCAUAAUUAUAUUGAUUAUAUUAAUUAUUAAUUUAUGUAUAUUAAUAUAUUCAUCAGUUUGUUUAAGUGAGCUCACCAGCAGUUUUUACAUCCACAACCAAGGGGUAGGUGGGGCAAAGGACAAGACCAGUUGCAUAAACUGGCACUGGUGCAGGGCAGUGAUACAGGCAGCUCCUCACUGCUGCUGUCUUUCAUGGCCUUAAAUACGCUCUCUGCAUCUUGCUGUAAUCCUAUAUUUGCUGUCUUACUAUGAAGUUGCUCAGCUGUGAAGAUCUUCUAGUCACACCCCUGGAAUGGCAUCCAGUAAGUGUAAUUCAGUUUAGUGGAUAAGCAAAGCCUUCUGCUUGGAUGUGGUCAGAAAGAGGAGAGUGAACUGCUGUGGUUUGUGUCCUUUACCUACUCCUGUCCUCUGCUUGGCAGAGAAGUCCCUCAGGGGUCAAAAUCAAAGUUUGGAGCAACCCCAGAGAGGGCUUUUACGCCUGUGUCCCACUGCUUACCUCUAUUCUGUU